CAGCCGUCGUCGUCUCAUCUGCCGACGCCGCUACUACUAGUCUCCAGCUGACAGGCUCUCCCUUCCCUUCCUCCCCGACCCGACCCCGGGAGGCGGAGAUCCCUAGGCCGGCGGCCGAGAUGGCGGCGGCUCUGGCCCUCGCGGUGGUGCUUGCCGUCGCGUCGCUCCGCGCGGAGGCGGUGUGGCUGGAGGUGCCGCAGUCGGGGACCAAGUGCGUGUCGGAGGAGAUCCAGUCCAACGUCGUCGUGCUCGCCGACUACUCCAUCAUGUACGAGUCCCACCCCGACUCUCACCCCACCAUAGCCGUCAAGGUUACUUCACCAUACGGGAACACCUUACAUCACAAUGAGAAUGCUACAGUUGGUCAAUUUGCAUUCACAACUGCAGAAGCUGGAAACUACCUUGCAUGCUUCUGGAUAGAUAGUGCAGAGAAAGGAUCAGGAGUAUCUGUGAAUCUUGACUGGAAGAUUGGGUUUGCAACAAAGGACUGGGAUGCUAUUGCUAAGAAAGAAAAAAUUGAGGGUGUAGAACUCGAGCUUCAGAAACUUGAAGUGGCAGUCCAGGCCAUUCAUCAGAACUUGAUAUACCUCAAAACAAGGGAAGCAGAGAUGCGAAUUGUGAGCGAGAAAACAAACGCAAGGGUUGCCUGGUUCAGUAUUCUGUCGCUAGGUGUCUGCAUUGCGGUAUCAAUCUUGCAAUUGUGGCAUCUUCAAGGGUUCUUCAGAAAGAAGAAGCUCAUCUAGAUUUUACUCAUUUGAUGUUGCACUGUGGCUCAAAUGUAAAAUGUUGUUCACCUUGGAUGGGACAAUUUUGUCUUGUUUAGAACGUUUCACACCAGUGAUGACUGAUGAGCAAGUUGUACUGUAUGUAAUUUAACUACGAUUGAAUGGAAUAUCAAUGUUUCUGGGAAGGUCUGCAUACCUUCAGGCUUCAGCA